AUGUUAUCCAUAAGAUUGAUGUUUGCGUUAUCAUCUAUGCAUGACGUUGAUGGUUUACGAGUGUCCUAUAAUAUAUCUUUACUAAUAGCGAAGUCGGGGAAACCCCACACAAUUGGACAGCAGCACAAUGUAUUGCACAAGCCCGCACAUGAUAUUAUAGAGAAAAUUCCUUUGAGCAUAAAGAAAAUUCCUUUGAGCAUUAACACCGUUCAACGACGAAUAGAUGAGGUGGGUCGAAACGUGGAAAACAUUUUAUGCAAUUUCUUACAGACCAACAUAUUCUCUCUCCAGUUAGACGAGUCUACAUUAUCCGGUAAUGAAGCUACAUAUUUAGAGACUGAUACCAGAGGAGAAUCGAUUUUUCAGAAUGUGGAACGUUUUUUUACUGACAAAGCUAUUCCAUGGAAGAACAUUGUUUCUGUUUCGAUUGAUGGUGCACCAUCUAUGGUUAGUUUUAUAGCUCACUUAAAGCGACAACUGCUUGAGGUACUGGUCUUAGAUUACACCAGUCUUUACAAUAUGUUAUAA